GUUUGUUGUUUGCGCUGAAGAGCCAAACAAAUGCCCGCAAAACCAAUUGUCUUGUAGUGAAAGUCACGUGUCAUUUGAUCCGCAAAAAUGGCCAGAAAUACGAUCGAAAUCCCGCUGAAGGAGUCGGCGGACGAAGUGAUUGAACUGGAUUUGGAUGAACUGCCGGAUUGUCGGGAAGUGUUGCAGAUAUUGCAGUCGGAGACCGCGCCGCUCUCCGUUUGGAUCCAAUUGGCGUUGGCCUAUUAUAAGCAGAACAAAGAACCGGAUUUCGUGCAACUCUUGGAGAGCUCCCGAACCGACGCCUCUCUCAUAUACCCGGACUACGAGAGG